AUGACAGACUUUUUGCGCCCACCGCGAUGUCCGCCCCUCCGGCAGGCCCGAGGGACGGUGCUUAAUACCAUAAUCGAAGACAACCGCGAAUCGCUCGCGGAAAAGGGCGCUGGUAGCCCACCACACACAGCCAAACCCGUCAUCAGCCCCAAGCUGACCCUGAAGACGAGUGGUCUUCAAACCCCGAAGAAUGCGCGACUCGCCCGCCUGAUGUCGCCUCUGUCGGCAGGGACGACUUCCUCGUGCUCGGAUACGGAAUGGCAGCAGCAGAUGCAGGGAUUCGACGAUCUGUACGAUGCCACGGAGGAUGAAGAUAUGGAUGAUGACUACUCGACCGAUGUCAGCUUGAGUGACAGCUGCUUCUCCGCGCCAAAUACAAGGCCUGGGAGCCUUGUGACACCAAUAACAAGGAACUCCCUCACCUCCACGGGGAGUACUCGCAAGCGUGGCCUGACCCUCGACAUCCCAUCGCCCAGCGUGCGGCUCUCUAUGAAUGGAGCCUGCAAGAGCUCGCCCAUCCCACCGACCCCUCCACCCAAGAUCCCCGUUUCACCCGCGGCUCUUUCGAUGCUCGCCCGGUCUGUGCCUGCGUCGCAUGCGCCGCCCUCACUUGAUGGCAGUAUAUCCUCCGACCAGGAAUCCAACCUCAGUGCGCUCGCUACGCCAGAUACCCACUCCCUUCCGGACACCAACUGGGAUGCCCAUGAUAUCCAUGUUCGACCAGAUCUAGAUGGAAGCGAGCGCGGAGACCUAGGCAAUGAAGAAUCCAGUCCCAAUCUCGAAGAAGUGCCAAUCGCCCUGGAGAAUACCCAUGAGGACUGGCGCCAUGUCCUCGGCCGUUUCCCUCAGAUUCCCUCGACUCUCCACCAGCAAGAUGGCGAUGAACUGUCCCGAGAACCGACUCCCUCCGAUGGCGGCUUGUUCCUGCCCGAUGGCGCUCUGGCCAUGCUCCAGCACAUUCCCCUCAACGGCACACCAGAGGCAUGGUCUGAGACCUCCUCGAGCAAUGGAGAGAUGUGGCAGCUGCAAGCACCUCCCAGUCGCCCACGAAGCGCCGAAGGUGCCACGCCUGCAUCAGAAUUGUCUAGCUACAGCUUCAGUGACCUGAGCAUCCCAUCGCCUGGGGGUUUCUUUGCCUCUCUGGGUCCGCGUGCCCGCCAUACCUGGUCUAUCCCGAAUCACAAUCACGUCCCAAACUCGGCCACCGCGGAAGGUUUCUACAAUCUGCCCUGGCGUCAAGAUCAAGGAGAGGUAGUCGAGCAAGUAAUCGAAUGGCGUGGACGUCCGGAUGAGGAAGAUCCAGACACCGCAAUCCGUGAUGGUCCUCCAACUGCCGUUCGGAUUCCAUGUGACACCCCCACUCAGUCUCAACACGCGACUCGCCAGGAGAGCCCCAUCAGUGUGGCUUUUGAUGCUGUCCAGGAGAUUCCCCGAUCUGGAAAUAUUUAUGAGUAUGAUGAAUGCUACGAUCAGGAACUGCAGGAACGUGCUGCCGGCAGCCUUGACCGAACCAGUAUCUGGCUUGCUGCCCAGGCGUCCUACAUGGCUGCUUUGAACGAGACCAACCCCAUCAAUGAGAUUGAUUCAGCAGCUGAAGUCACUGAUACUGGAGAGGAAGAGCUCUUGGAGCAUGAUGAUGCUGGUGCCAAGAAGGCAGUUCGGUUUGCCGAAGGUGUCCCUGAAGCCAUCAGCCCCUGUCCUCCAAUUCUUGCUAGCAAGGACUCUAUCUACUGGCGAGGUUUCCAGUCCAUCCGGCAACGCGCUGAUAAGACCGACGGCUUCCUUCAUCGCAACAUGCGCUUCGACGCGAUUCAGUCUUUCAGGAUUGGGAUGGUUGAUAUGCACAUCAACUGUCUGACAGGCAAGUAUGAGCUUGUCCGCCCAGAGCGACCGGCGUAUAAAGGACCAUUCUCCAAGGCACCGCGCAACUCAAUUAUCACCUCGGAUCUUGCCGAGAAGGCCCAAUUCUCCAAGCUCGAGAAGGAGCAGCUCGUUCUGUCCCAGCUGUGCCAGCCCAUGUGGGCAAUGGAUGCUCUACGAUCGCUCAAUGGUGGCAAGUUGCUCACAAGCCCAGCUGGCAAGCGUAUUUCACGGACACUGCAAUCUUCCAAUCCUCAGGAUGACCAGAAGCGGAAGCCGAUCCGUAUCCUGGAUCUUGGUGGCCACGCCGCCUGUGAGUGGGCAUGGCAUGCUGCUCAUGAAUUCCCUGAUGCAAAGGUCUACUCAGUCAUUAAGGGUAGCCAAGUCAAGAACAAUGGGAUAAAAGGACCUCGAAAUCACAGAACAGUUUCCGUGUCGAACCUCUGGGAGCUGCCAUUCAAGAACAAUCAAUUCGAUGUCAUCACCACACGCUCUUUGCAUGCUCUGUUGAAGAGUGAGUGCCCCACCAGUCUCGACCGAGAUGAGUAUGACCUCGUCCUGAAGGAGUGCCGUCGCUGCCUUAAGCCUGGUGGUUACCUUGAGUUCAUGCUCCUGGAUGCGGAGAUCUCGCACGCCGGCCCACUGGCAACCGCUUCUUCUGUGGAGUUCGCAUUCAACCUCCGCACUCGUGGUUACGAUCCUGUCGCAUCCAAGAGCUUCCUCUCUCGGUUGCGCGCCGGCGGCUUUGUCGACAUCAAGCGUGCCUGGAUGUUCCUUCCCAUGGGCAUGGAGCCCGUGGAGACGCAGCCUCCACGCGAGACACCAGCUCCACGGGUGCACAGUCAAAUUGAGGAUUAUGAAGCGGUUCAGGGACCAGUUGGUAGUACUGGGGAUAUCGCGAGUAUUACAGGAGUUCUUGGUGGAUGGAUGUGGGAGCAGUGGUUUGUUCAGUUGCGGAUGGAGAUGGGUCGCGAUCGGGCCAAGCUCCUUGAGGGACUUGGUGCUAUGUUUGAUGAAGGACGGAAGACUGGUGCAGGCUGGACCUGUUUGUCUGGAUGGGCGAUGAAGCCGAGGCGCAGACGUGUUGUUCACCACUAA